CCACGGCGGCCUUGGUUUGUGGCGCAUGGGCUGGUUGACGGGAACGCUGAGCAUUUUCGUAGUCUGCAUGAGCACCUUGUUUACGCCGCAAGGUCAAGGCAUUGUAGUAUACCUGAACUUCCCAGCGUUUCUAUGGUUUUCGUUUGCCACACCAUGGCGGCCUCAACCGGUGGGCUUUCCUGGCUUGCCAUCGACGUCCAACCACUACAUUCCCAGUACGAACAACGUCACACUUGGCGUGUGGUACACGCAAACCCAGCCCAAGUCUCACAAGCUCGUGUUGUAUCUGCAUGGGAAUGGCGAGCAUCGUGGCAUGUCUGUGAGUGUGGGAAAGCAUACGAUGUAUCCACAACGUCCGUUCGGCGCCAAUAUUCUCUCUGUCGACUACCGAGGCUUUGGCGACUCCUCGUUUGUGUGGCCAACGGAGCAAGGCGUUUACGACGAUGCCCUGGCGGCCUUUGACUUUGCCACGUCAACGCUGGGGUUUCAACCCCAUCAAAUUCUUGUUCAUGGAUACUCCCUCGGAAGCGCCGUGGCCACACGUUUGGUGCACAAUCUUUGCCAGAGGUCAACGUGUCCAGCUGGAUUGCUUCUAGAGGUCGCGAGGACGAUAAAUCCCUCACAAGAUGUGCGUAUAAUGCCGUCUUGAGUAGGCUCCGUUCUUGUCGAUCAGCGAUAUGGUUAUGGAGAUUUUACGAGUCAAAGUUCCUACUUCGCUGCUGCAUCACCACUUCCCGACAAAGGCCAUCCUGGGCUCGAUUCCAGUGCCCAUUUUAAUCGUCCAUGGCACCCAUGACAGUGUCGUACCCAUUCGGCAUGGUGAAAUGUUGGCCACAAUGUUUCCUGGCUGCACGAUGAGGUAUUGUCCUGUUGCCGGCGCGAGCCACAUGACAUCGUUUGGCUAUCGCGACGCCCGAUAGUGUGUCACUGACACGUUCUGGUCGCACAUUUGGAGUUGCUGUUAUCGCCAUUCUGCCACCAUGCGGUUUCGGCGACUUGUGAUGGACGCAUCUCCCUUCGACCGCACUACACGAGCUGUUUGACAGAGGAGUCCAGCGUGACUUGGAUCAGUGCGUACAGUCACCCCAUUCGUCGUUGGAACAACGAAUCGAUUUGUGCAAAGGUGCUUUCGCCAUUUCCUUGAAGAUAUGGGUCGAGCCCAGAACAACACUUCUUUGCCGAGGAGUGGUGCCGCUAAACGCGCUUGUAACCACGAUGGAAUUGUACAUAGAACAGCGCUCAAAUCAAAUCCGAGAGAGCAGUUAUG